AUGGGCGUGCCGGCGUUCUUCCGCUGGCUCGCGGCGCGCUACCCGCCCCUCGAGGCGCGCUGGGUGCAGGUCGAGAAUUUGUACGUGGACUGCAACGGCGUCGUGCACCCCUGCUGCCACCCCGAGGGCCCCGGCGCCGUGCAGCCGGCGACGGAGGAGGAGAUGCUCGACAACGUCGGCGCGUACCUCGACCGCCUCGUCGCGGCCGCGCGCCCUACGAAGCUCGUCUACCUCGCGCUCGACGGCGUCGCGCCGCGCGCGAAGAUGAACCAGCAGCGCACGCGGCGCUUCUGCAGCGCCCGCGAGGCCGACGAGGCCGCGGCCGCGACGCGCGAGCUCCUCGCGCGGCGGGGGCACCGGCCCGCGGCGAAGGCGCGCUGGGACCACAACGCGAUCACGCCCGGCACGGAGUUCAUGGCGAAGCUCGCCGCCUUCUGCCGGCGCUGGGCCGAGAGCCUCGUGGCCCGCUGCCCGCAGCUCAGCGUCAUCGUGUCCGACGCGGCCACUCCCGGCGAGGGCGAGCACAAGAUCAUGGAUUGGAUCCGCCGGUCGCAGGCGGACCCGGACCGCCGCGGCGAGCGCCACGCGGUCUGCGGCCAGGACGCGGACCUGAUGUUCUUGUCGCUGGCGCUCCACGCGCCGCGCGUCUACGUAUUGCGGGAGCGCGUCGAGACGCGGCGGAAGCCGCGCGGCGGAGGCAAGGGCGGCCCGCCGCCGGAGCCCCGGAAGGCCUUCGGCCCGCCGCGCCUGCAGUAUCUCUCGUGCCAGCGCCUGCGCCGCUGCUUAAUCGGGGACGCGUCGCUCAACGCCGCCGCGGACGGCGCUCUGCCGUUCCCGCGCGACGACGAGCGCUUCCUGGACGACUUCGUGUUGCUCUGCUUCUUCGUGGGCAACGACUUCCUGCCGCAGCUGCCGUCGCUGUCCAUCCCCGACGGCGGGUUGGACCUGCUCCUCCUCCUCUACCGCCGCGCGCUGCCGCGGCACCUGGGCGGCUAUUUGACGGACGAGGCGACCCGGUCGCCGUCGCCCGCGGGCAAGGUCGACGUGAAGCGCGGAGCAGGAAAAGAGUGA